AUGAAACUAGUUACCAUACUUUUUUCGUUGACGACGCUGCUAUUGCUCGUUGUCGUUACAAACGCAGUACCUGCAUCAAGCGAUAGAUUGCCAUCUCGACAACAGCAACAACAAAAAAGGGAAUCUCAUCCAUUGUCACUACCGUUGCGACGAUACAAGGGGAGAAAAAGUCACCAGAUUCAGCGUCGACAGCAACCUAGCUUUUCAACUUUGGAUGGUGGCAACGACACUGUACGUGUGACACCAGGUCUUUAUGAUAUGGCCAUGACCGAGUUUGCUAUCCCUAUCAGCAUUGGUACACCUGCACGAGAGUUUUUGCUCUUGUUUGAUACUGGGAGUGCCGAUACAUGGGUGGUUGGGCCCUCGUGUACAAAUGCGACCACCUGUGCUGCCGACAAUGUGUAUGAUCCACAUGCAUCCACCACCUACGCAUCCACCCCUUAUGACUUUAUCAUCAACUAUGCUAUCGGCAGCUCCAAUGGCACCUAUGCUGUGGAUCGAAUCGCUGUAGACGAUGCUGUACUUACCCAACAGAUGUUUGCAGUAGUCAAUGACACCGAACAUUUCUUCACCACACAAGAUCCCAACAGCCAAUACACCAUCGAUGGUAUCCUUGGAGCGAGUUUCCCAUGGUCAACCUCAUUGCAAACGUAUUACAAUGUUAGCUAUCUUCCCAUCCCAUUUGCUCUUUAUGCAGCACACCUCAUUCCAGAGCCUGUUUUUUCGGUACACAUGGGGCAAGCGUUCCAUCAACACAAUAACCCCGAUACGACCACCGAAGAAGAUGUCGAUUUGUGGACCGGAUCAGUGACAUUUGGAGCUGUAAAUACAAGCAUUAUUGAUCCACAGGCUAUCCGAUACACCAAUAUCUCGCAAUGGCGACAAUUUGCUACCAAUGAUACCGGGUAUAUGUUUUGGGAUGGUCGAGCCAACCAAAUUACAAUGGAAAGCAACAAUAAUACAACUACGAUUUUAUCAUCAGACAUGGGCAAUGCUCCCUCUUUUAUCAUCGACACCGGUUCCAACUAUUUCAGUAUGCCUGAAAAGGACGCUCAAGAGCUCAUCCUCAAUCAUUUGGCUCCAGAGGCUCGCAUCCGCAAAGAACAAGGUGGCUAUUUUGUCGAUUGCAAUAAUCCUAGAUUAUCCGACAACACAACCCUUUCCAUUCAUUUCUAUGAUAGCAAUGACCCUACAGGUGCUACUACCUUCCCGUUAUCCUUUCCCAUCUCAGAUUUGGUCUUUCAGGUGGACCAAGAGCAAUGCAUCCUUGCUAUCAGCCCAGGCCAACAGUAUGUCGUUGGCAACUUUAUCCUUUAUCGAUUCCUCAGCAUUUUUGAUUUUGGAAAUCAUCGUGUAGGCUUUGCGCCUUUGAAAGAUUCCCCAUAA